GAUUUCCUACCCCUCCAUUCGGGUGAUCUUCGUCUGAACAAUUUCUUCCUUUUACAAUACAACUCCCAAAGAUCAAACGAACACUGGGCCGCAUUGAUACCCAAACAUCUCACGGCUCCCAUUUGGAUCUGUGCCACCAGAACAAGCAAACAUUUCCCUCAAUAAUCAACACACAGCAGUGAACUGUCAUGGGUCGACCAAAGCGAAACGUUGUCGCUGCUGCGGAAGAAACUUCCACCCCUCCCGCAACCUUGACAUCCACUCAGUCGAUUGCCCGUGUCAUCAAAGCAGAAGGAAAAUCCCUUUACUCAUGUGCUCUUCCCAAUAAAAAGACGGUUCUAGUCGAGCUUGAGUCCCGGUUCCGUAAUACAAUCUGGAUAAAACGCGGGGGCUUCGUGUUGGUUGACACCAAGGAAGCUGAUGUCAGACAAAAUAAGAUUGAUGGCGAGAUCAUCAAUGUAGUUCGCGACGAGCAUACAUGGCGCAAGGAAUCAUAUUGGUACGUCUAAUUCUCCGGAACUCCUGGAGAACACUUUACUGAGAGUACCUUUUGCCAGGCCGAAGGAAUUCCCAAAAGCUUCUGAGUACGCAGAGGAUUCUGAUGAAGAGGAAUCCACCGUUGGAAAAAUGCCGCCUAUGGAGGACUCGGAAGACGAAGACGAAUAGGAUUCAUUAUUGCCUUGGUCGAUAAUCAUAUUCGUUUCUUGUUAGCUGUGGCUUCGCUUUUAGGAUCGCCCUUCAAAUUGUCAAAGUCCUUACGAGUCCCCCACCACACACCGAUGACCGUCGCAAACAAAAUACCCACCGCAACCAUCGAGCUGGAAUCUGAACUUGGGUACACAUUCCAAGCCCAUUCCUGAGCCGCCCACAGGAUAUAUUGAAGGACCGGAUGCAUACCGCUCCGCCAGAGGAGAAAAGGCGUCGCAAGUGCUAUGUAGACAUAAAAUUGGUAGUGCAGGGACCUCGCAAAGAGCAUUCCAACGGCGUUGGCCGUGAGAAUUGUCGUCAGGAUGUAGUUGGCAGAAAGGCGACUGGCGACAGCAUUUUGCAGCUUUCCAAGGGGCUCUUGGAACUUCAGCGCAUUCGAAAUAAACCUCAUGAUCGACUUGUCGGCCGGCUUCAACCACCUAGUUGUAAUGAAGAGCAAAAGUGUGCUUACAUGGCCAGCUAACAGAGCCAUUGAAAACUCUCUGCUCAAAAAUGUUUCUUCUCCCACGAAUCUCCAAUUCACAGUCCAUUUGAACAUAAAUUGUCUCGAGAACUCGAAAGCUCUUCCCAAGUAGCCAAGUGUGUUUAUUGGUAGAAAGGGAAAUGCGAUAAUGAUUUGGACCUGACCCAUCAGCCACGCGUGUUUCAAGGCUCCCCGCACCCCCCUUCCUAAGAACAGCGUUACUCCUACCGCUGGAAGUGCCAACAGCAGGGUCAUUUUAGUCCCAAGCCCCCAACUAUAUGCCAAACUCCCCAGUGUCCAUAAGCGGCGUUGAAACAUAUAUAUGGCAACCCAGAGGAAGAAGACC